CAACAAACCCAUUUCAGCUCUCUUUCUCUCUCUCUCUCCCCUCAUAUACACGUAAACUCCAAGCUACUCUUCAUCCAAACCUUGAACUUUCUGUUUGGUCACCGAGAAAUCGGCCGAAAAAUUUCUAGGUCUUUUUGCAAUGGCACCAACACCUCAUGGUAAAUCUAAUCCAUUGGCUCCAACACCAUCAAAAUCAAAUCAAACCCAAGCAAAGACACCCCAAUCAAAGCAACGCCUAAACCUCAACGCAACCAAACCCUCUCCAAACACCAACUCUGCAGUUAAAGAAACCCCAACAGCCGAUCACCCAGUUGAAGUUAUUGGGCGAAUCCGGGACUACCCGGACCGAAAAAACAAACCCAUCUCAGCAUUGCAAAUCAACCCAGACCGCCAGUCCCUUAGAGUUAAAACCGAUAUUGGGUAUAGAGAUUUUGGUCUUGAUGGUGUAUCUUUAUCAGAAGAGGAGGAUCUUGAUGGAUUUUACAAAAAAUUUGUGGAGGCAAGAAUCAAUAGUGUUAAACUGGGGGCUAAAUGUACUAUCAUGAUGUAUGGACCGACUGGUUCAGGCAAGAGUCACACAAUGUUUGGGUGCUCAAAGCAGCCAGGGAUUGUGUAUAAGUCUUUGAGGGAUAUCUUGGGUAAAGGGGAUGAAGAGAAUGGUGGUAAUGAUCAGAGUGUGUGUGUUGGGACAUUUGUUCAAGUCACUGUUUUGGAGGUAUACAAUGAGGAGAUUUAUGAUCUGUUGUCGACUAAUACUGGUGGAGGGUUUAGUCUUGGGUGGUCAAAGGGAAAUGCUUCCAAGGUGAGACUUGAAGUGAUGGGAAAGAAGGCAAAAAAUGCAAUGUUUAUCUCUGGAAAUGAAGCUGGGAAGAUAUCAAAAGAGAUCCAAAAAGUGGAAAAACGAAGGAUUGUCAAAAGUACACAUUGCAAUGAGAGGAGCUCUCGAAGCCACUGCAUGGUUAUUCUUGAUGUACCGACAGUGGGGGGACAGCUUAUGCUUGUUGACAUGGCAGGUUCUGAGAAUAUUGAACAAGCUGGACAAAAUGGUUUGGAAGCAAAAAUGCAGACAGGAAAGAUUAACCAAGGAAACAUAGCUCUGAAGAGAGUGGUUGAAUCUAUUGCAAAUGGUGAUUCUCAUGUGCCAUUCAGAGACAGCAAGUUAACCAUGCUUCUGCAGGACUCUUUUGAAGAUGAUAAAUCUAAGAUUCUGAUGAUAUUGUGUGCGAGCCCGGAUCCCAAGGAGAUGCAUAAGACCAUCUCAACUCUGGAAUAUGGAGCUAAAGCAAAAUGUAUUGUCCGUGGUCCUCACACACCCAUCAGGGAGAAAGGCACUGAAGAUUCUUCAUCAUCGGUUAUUUUGGGAUCAAGAAUUGCAGCUAUGGACCAGUUUAUUUACAAGCUACAGAUGGAGAGCAGGCUCAGAGAGAAAGAGCGCAAUGUAGCCCACAAAGAGCUUAUGAAUAAAGAAGAAGAAGUUUCGGCACUAAGGGCUAAACUUGCAGUCGUGGAAGGGAAGGGAUCUGGGACAAAUGAAGAGGAGAUCAACAUGAAAGUAAAUGAACGGACCCUGAUGCUGAGAAGUGAGUUGGAGAAGAAAAUCGAAGAAUGCCAGAAAAUGGCAAAUGAAUUUGUUGAAAUGGAAAGGAGGAAAAUGGAAGAAAAGCUAUUGGAGCAGCAACAGGAGGUUGACAUGCUGAGGCGUCGCUUGGAGGAAAUUGAGUCUGAGCUUUGCCGUUCUAGGGAUGAAAACAGGUCAUCAGACAUAGAUGGAAGUAGCUUCGCUAACAGGUUGUUGGAGAUUUAUGCUGAUGAAGAUCCAGGGAUGGUGAAAUCAAUGGAUUUGGAUAAAUCAAUGGAUAUGGGCAUGGGGAAACAAGCUGGGAUGCUUCAUAAAACAGAAAACAAUGUUAUUCAGGCAAUUUUGAGUUAUCCUCAUAUAAUCAGUUCAAAUGAAGAAGAAGAUCAUGAUGUAUUUGAGCCAAAUUUUGCCAGCAAAUCAAGUUUGAGUACUGUAUUUGAGGAAGAAGAAGAAGAGGUGGAUGAUAUAGAAAAACCUGUGGAUGAAGAAGUGCAGAAAGAGGUAAUAGAGGAAAAGACAGUAUGUUCUAGCAGGCUGGCAGAUAGUUCUAAACCUGACACAGGUUCUUUUGCACCAUCUACCCUAAAUUUUGAAGCCACGCCGGAUUUGUCAAGUCAGAAUUCAGAGGAAAUUUACUAUUUUAGAGAUAGAACGGAGGAGAAGCACUUGGGAUCUAGAUUUAUAAAUGAGCCUGAAAAUGCCAAGGAUACAGCUUUUUCUAGGCAAACAAGAAUCCAAAACAUAUUCACACUCUGCGGGAAUUAUAGACAGCUCCCUCAGCAUAAUAGAACCCCAAUUCCUACAGAAACAAGUUUUGAAAAUAAUAGUGGUUCUCCAUCACCUCCUGUGAGGACAAUUGGAGAGGAUUCUUCUCUGAUAAAGUAUUCUAACGAACCAUCGCAACUUCAGAAAAGUGUCUCCGGGAAUAUCUUGGCAUCAGGUAAACCUGAAAACAAACAGAAACAUACAGAAAACCUGAUGAAGGAAAUCAGGGGUUCUGAUGAGAUAGCACUGGAUUCGAAGGAGAACUACAACCCAUUAAAUCAAAACAUUGAUGACCUGGAAGUAUACGUGAAAUGGGAGGCAUCAAAGGAAAAUCCAGGGAAAAUUGUCACCAAAAUAAAGAUUGUAAAGGAUUCAACCCUUUCUGAUCUGCGGAAGCUAAUUGAAAUCCAUCUUGGUGCAGAUAAUCAAGCAUUCACUUUUCUGGUACUUAGGGAUCCCUCUGGAGCUCCAGUCCCUAGAGAGAAGGAGACAACAACUCAGACAAGCAAACUUCCAAUUUGCAACAACCAGUUGCGCGGCCACCUGGCUUGCUUGCGUCCAGUGAAGGGAGUCCAAUGUCCGAGUCAUCUCCCAUUCAGCCCGUUGGAAAAUAAACUUUUGGUCACUUCAGAUUCAAAUUUCAAGAUGCAAAGCGAUGGUUUUUCACCUAACGUACCACAACAUGUGACUUCUACACCAUUCGUUGCUGUUCAAAGAUAGUAGUUGCCAUGUUUGAUCAUGCUUCUGUGAGUUUUGUGCAGCUACACAUUGUAAUCAUCCUAAAUAUGUGUAUUUUUGAACACAUUGAUGUAUGUACUCUUGGUACAUUCAAAUAUGUACUUUUGAUACAUUCUUAUACGAGC